UCCCAGUCAAGUGAAGCAUCCACCAUUUAGCCGAGCCGUAGAACGAGAUUUUAUGAACUAGUGGUGUGCGAAUUGGGGACAACCACCCAACACACCAGGGUAAAAAAGGGUGCCAAUCUGUCAACUGAGAUAAAAGUUUAUGCGACUCUAGUUAGAACAGCACUCCUCGCUCGAUUGUGAACAAGAGAUACCGUGAGCAUGUCUAUAAAUCAUAACAGUACCAAUGGAGUUGGGGAACCGGGCCAGUUAUGGCAAGUUGGUUUGGUCAAUGGUCAGUAUAAAUACCUAACAGCCGAGUCAUUCGGUUUUAAAGUGAACUCGAACGGAACGGCUCUGAAGAAAAAACAACUAUGGACCUUGGAGAUGCACGGAGAAGACGAAGCCAUCAGUUUGAAAAGUCAUCUUGGCAAGUAUUUAGCAGUAGAUCAAUUCGGAAACGUCACCUGCGAUUCGGAAGAGAAAGAUCAAGGUACGAAAUUUUCCAUCACCGUUUCUGACGAUGGUCGCUGGGGCUUGAGGAAUGCCGUCCGAGGAUACUUCUUAGGUGCCAGUAAUGAUAAAUUAGUUUGUUCCGCCAAAGCACCCGGUCCGGCAGAAUUAUGGACCGUGCACCUGGCAGCCAGGCCUCAAGUGAAUCUUCGAUCCGUGGGAAGACGACGUUACGCGCGAUUAUCGACCGAUAUGGACGAGAUUCAGGUGGACGCCAACACACCUUGGGGAGAGGAUACUUUAUUUACUUUAGAGUUUCACGAUGGAAAGUAUGCAAUACAUACUUGCACCAACCGUUACCUUCAGGCCGAUGGAAAAUUAGUAGAGGGUUGUAAUUCCGAAUGCCUUUUCAGCUUGGAAUUUCAUAGCGGCUUUCUGGCUCUCAGAGAUAGCCAAAGAAGGUAUUUGGCACCUAUUGGUAGUAAGGCGGUUCUACGUACAAGAUCUCAGACUGUUAGCAAAGAUGAAAUGUUUUCUUUGGAAGAUUCCAUUCCUCAAGCUGCUUUCGUUGCUUUUAACGGAAAAUUUGUUUCUGUUAAACAAGGAGUCGAUUUAACUGCAAAUCAAGAAGAAAUCUCGGAUCACGAAACAUUCCAAUUAGAAUUCGAUUAUGGCACCAAAAGAUGGUACAUACGCACCAUGCAGGAUAAAUAUUGGACGUUGCAAAGCAGUGGAGGUAUUCAGGCUAAUGCGGAUAAAGGUUCUUCCAAUAGCCUUUUUAAUCUAAUGUGGCAAGAAGAUGGCACAGUGGGCUUCAUAGCCAAUAAUGGUAAAUACGUUGCCAUCAAGAAGAGUGGUCAUCUAUUUGCAAAUAGCGACAAAAUGGAAGAUAUGGAGAAAUUUCACUUUUUCCUAAUGAACAGAGUCACACUGAUAUUGAAGUGUGAACAAGGAUUUGUUGGUUAUAAAAGUAGUUCUUCCAUGAAGCUGGAAUGCAACAAAGCUUCUUACGAAACAACAUUCAUCGAAAGAGAUGACAAAAAAGGCAUUUAUUAUUUCAAAGGGACCAAUAAUAAAUACUGGAAUGCUUCAGAAGACGGUACAAUCACAGUAGAUUCGGAUACGAAGCAAGGUUUCUCCAUUGAGCUGAGAGAACCGUCGAAGCUCUGCAUCAAGACCAUCCACGGCAAUUACGUUGUGGCAGAUAAAAACGGGGCCUUCAAAGUGAACGGAAACGGUUCGGCCACAGCCACUUUGUGGGAAUAUUAAGACGCGAGUCAUUCCUGACGUUUAUGGUGCUUUUAUAUAAACAUAAAUAUAUAUUUUUGUCAUGCCGGAGUCUCGCCAUGUAAGUGCUGCUCGGUUGUUUAGGGUGUCUUCCGUAGAUGACUGGCAAUAGGUGAUCGAUUGAUCCAUAUAAAAAAAAAAAAAUAAAUGACAGAAAUGCAUCUUGUAGUGUAUACUCCAAAAAAAAAAAA